UUUGUUUUGUAUUUAUUAAUUUUUAAGGCUAAGGUCUAUUUGCAUGUUAAAUAUUUUUUAAUAAUAAAUAAAUGCAAUAAACUCUAUUAGACAUGUCACGACCUGAAUAUUUAGCUCCACCUGAGAUAUUCUACAAUGAAAAUGAGGCGAGAAAAUACACCCAGAAUUCCAGAAUCAUUGAUAUUCAAGUGCAGAUGUCGGAACGUGCUAUAGAACUACUCGUUUUACCUGAAGAUGCUCCUUGUUUCUUAUUGGAUGUAGGUUGUGGUUCAGGAUUAAGCGGUAGCGUUCUGGAAGACCAGGGUCAUUUCUGGGUCGGGAUGGAUAUAUCCACAGCGAUGUUAGACAUAGCCGUUGAACGAGAGGUGGAAGGUGACCUUUUGCUGUCAGAUAUGGGGCAAGGCUGCCCGUUUAGAGCAGGAACUUUUGACGGAGCGAUUAGCAUAUCGGCACUACAAUGGCUGUGCAACGCCGACAAAUCCUCUCACAAGCCCGUACAGAGGUUGUAUAAAUUCUUCAGCAUGUUGUACGCUUGUUUGAGCCGUUCCGCCAGGGCGGUUUUGCAAUUUUAUCCGGAGAAUGGCGAUCAGAUGGAGUUGUUAACCACCCAGGCCAUGAAGGCCGGUUUUUAUGGCGGCGUGGUGGUAGACUACCCCAAUAGUACCAAAGCUAAAAAAUUUUUCCUUGUAUUGAUGACGGGCGGCAACUUACCGUUGCCUAAAGCUCUGGGAACCGAUGAGGAUUCUCAUGGUGUGACGUAUACCGCAAAAAGGGAGCGUUUGAAGCAGCAAAGGGGGAAAUCCUUGAAAAGGGGCAGGAAUUGGAUUUUGGAGAAGAAAGAAAGGAGGCGGCGACAAGGGAAGGACGUCAGGGCCGACUCGAAAUAUACGGGGAGGAAAAGAAGCGGCAAGUUCUAAACUUGCCAUUUUCCCCGACAAAAUUAUUUAUAUGUUUUAAAAAUAAAAUUCUAUGUUUUAUGCGA